UGUCGGCGGCGACGAGCGCUUGUAACAUGGCCUCGAAUCAUAACGUACAGUGCCUUUCUGUGCGCAGUCAGUUGUUUGAGUUGUAUGUCAAUUAACCAGAGUUGUUUGGUCUUUUCCAGUUUGAAGUUCUUAACCAAAUUACAUUACCACCGAAGCAUUCGUCGUUGUUCCAGUCACAUACUUCAUUUUCCUGGGAGCCGUGCAGUCGAUUUGAAUAUCCCGACGCUGAACAUUGAUUUCCGGUAGUUUCAUUCGCAAGCCAUCAAGCAAUCAUGUCUUCAAGAAAAAAUGACAACAAACCUACACCAGUUUUGGAAACUACACCACCUGCACGUACUAAGAAAGUGGAAAAAAUAAUAGGUCCAACUAUGUUAGAUGGAAGAUUGACUUUUGGCGUUAAAUAUAAAAAUAUUAAAGUACCUCAGCUAGUUAUAGCUGAGGUUUUGCAUAUUGAAGCCCCACAGGAGUUGCUAAAAUAUUAUGAAGAACGUCUUCAAUUCAAUGAUAUUAUCGAUUGAUUUCCGCCUAUUGUACAUGGUGAAAUUCAAUUAAUGGUUUAAAUGAAAAAUACUUUAAAAAUAAAUUUUAUUCUAUAUUAAAUCCUGUGGUAAAUUGUCUUCUAUUUCUUUGGUAAAAUGUAAUAAUAGUGAUAUCUUAAAAUUUUUUAUAUCGAUUUAUGUUCAUAAUUCAAUUAUUAAAUUUGAAAAUUGUCAUUACUUAUUUGGAAACAUUUUAUUUUUAAGGCAAAAAUAAUAUGUUAAUUUAAGUUAAUUUAUGUGUUCAAAUGUUGGGUUUAAACAUGCAAUAGUUGUUUUAUUUUAAAUAUUAAAGCAUUUUUCACCAUA